AUGCAGCAACGCAACUUCGUCGGCUACGGCCCCAACCCGCCGCAGUUCCGCUGGCCCAACGACGCACGCAUCGCCGUCUCCGUGGUCGUCAACUACGAGGAGGGCUCCGAGUACUCCACCCUCGACGGCGACCCCGCCGGCGAGACCUCCGGCGAUCCUUUCUUCGAGUACGGCAGCCGCGUCGGCAUCUGGCGCAUCAUGGACAUCCUCGAACGCAACAAUGUCCCCAGCACGUUCUACGCCUGCGCCCUCGCCCUCGAGCGCAACCCCGACGUCGGCCCCGAGGCCAUCCGCCGCGGCCACGAGGUCAUGGGCCACGGCAACCGCUGGGAGGAGUACUACCGCAUGGACCGCGACGCCGAGCGCCAGGCCAUCCGCGAGGCCGUCGACACCAUCGAGCGCAUCUGCGGCCAGCGCCCCCUCGGCUGGUACACCCGCUACGGCCCCAGCGUCAACACCCGCGAGUUGGUCGUCGAGGAGGGCGGCUUCGAGUACGACUGCAACGCCUACAACGACGACCUGCCCUACUGGACCCAGGUCCACGGCAACCCCUGGCUCGUCGUCCCCUACUCCCUGGAGGUCAACGACUACAAGUACUGGCGCGGCGACCUCCUCACCCCCGAGCACUUCUUCCAGGUCGCCAAGGCCUCCUUCGACCAGCUCUACGAGGAGGGCGCCACCCACCCCAAGAUGAUGUCCGUCGGCCUCCACUGCCGCAUCAUCGGCAAGCCCAGCCGCGCCCACGCCCUCGACCAGUUCCUGAAAUACGCCUCCGAAAAGGAGGGAGUCUGGUUCGCCCGCCGCCUCGACAUAGCCCGCUGGUGGAAAGAGCACUACCCAGCGGCGUAA